ACAUCUUUAAUUCUUGGGUCAAUAAGACAACCGCAUGCCAUGCAACAAAUUAAAAAGCAAUAAAUGAAGUGGAAUGUGAAAGGUGAAUCUUGAGUCACAUUCCCACUUUUUUUUUUUUUUUUUGUCAAUCAGGUGCUAAAUAAUUCGAGGAAAAUCGAACUACCCACUAAGAGAUCACCAGAUGGUAGGGUGUCAACCAGCUUGCUUUGAGCACAGCUGGCAACUUGUACGACUCUCUAAAACAUGAAUACAUGCUGUGUUAUUUGGACUCCUUCUUGUAUUGCAGAGAACAGAAGGAGCUCUCAAAUGUUUUAAGAAUCCACAACAGGUAACACAGCACCUCAAAGACAUGCUUUUAAACUUUCAUGAGUAUCUGCCCGGAAUUUUCCCCAUUGAAAGGAUCUUUAAAAGAGACCGGAAGGACACAAACCUGUUAAUUUCCACGGGGAAGGCAUGAGGGACAUUGAACGGUAAGAGCAGUUCUAAUAGAUCCAAGUGGCUCCCCAUAUUGUUUGCUUUGUGUUACUCUUCGACUGCUAUUAUUCUCUUGCAGUGAUUCAUUAUGUUGUCCAAAUACGGCAUCCUUCUGGUCUUCUGCAUCUGUUCCCGAGUCUGUAUUGCUACACGUCCUUGUCCCAUCGGCUGCUGCUGUCUUCGCCCAGGAGUUUUGGUUGUGUGUGAGUCCUCGGGCCUUAGGUCGCUUCCACGUUCACUCCCUCUCAACACCGCUGUCCUGUCAGUGGCAAAAAACAGGCUCUGUAAUGUGGACCACCUACUCCUUCCCUUCACCAGCCUGCAGGAGCUCAGCCUCAGUCACAACUUGCUGGUCCGCUUCCCCCGAGGCCUCCCGCCCAGCUUGGAAGAAUUGUUUCUACAACAGAACCGCAUCACCUACAUCACCGUAGGUGCCUUGAGGCAACUGAGGAACCUCACUCUGUUAGAUCUGAGAGACAACCACAUCCGUGCCAUCCAGCCAGGGGCGCUUCAAAACCUGAAAAAGUUGCAGGUCCUCAUGCUGAAGGGCAACAAAUUGACCAGCUUUUCUCCAAAUCUACCUGCCUUUUUAACCCACUUAGACGUUUCUGCUAACUGCAUUUUUGCCCUGGGCCUGCCCUCUCUGCCCACCUCGCUCAAUGUGCUUAUAUUCAAAAUCAGCAGCAACUGCUUACGUUCUGUUUUGGACAGCAACUUCGACAAGGGACCACAUCUCCAAUCUGUGGAUCGUAUCCACAACCAGAGGAUGUGCGAGUGUGAAGUUUUGUAUCGAGGCCACUGGAUGCUAAGCAGCUGGUCGAAGAUGACUAGCACAGACUUGGAAUGCACUGAGCCGAGCCACCUCGCUUACCAUCUGCUUUUAAACCUCUCGAUGGCGGCAAUCUGUCCUGGUAUCCUCAAGCCAAACGACAUGACACUUCAGCUGAAGGCCUUGAUAGUGAAUCCUGUGUCAUCUUGGGUCCCGACUUCAGUGGAGGAGAAAAAUCUGGAAGAAUGGUCGGCACAGCAGAGAGCAGAAGACACCUCUGCUGGCCAUCUUCCUGAAAAUAAAGCCAUUGUGAAAACAGUCCGUAUGAGUUGCAUUAUAGAUGAGCACUUAUUUUUGCAUACUUUAACUUAUCAGGACUGUUUGACCUUUAACAAAGCCCAAAGCAUUGCCGUGUCCCAUUCAACUCCAAGCCCUUAUGAGGAAAAAAGGCACAAAGACAAGACCACCGUUCACUUCUCUCAGAUUACAACCCAUCUUACAGGGACACGAGCUUCGUUUUUCACAAAGAAUGACACUACCUUGUCCGCCCGCAACCUCCUUCACUGGGUGCUCAUUUGGCUGCCGGCAGGCUUGAGUAUAAUGUUUCUCCUGCUCAUGCUGCUGUUUUCCUCGUGCAAAAAAAGGUUCUUCAGUGCCAGAGUGGCUCUUCUUAGAGGGCAUUAA